UUAUCAGUCUUUUAUAUCCAAUUAGUUGGUUGGUGACUUUAAAUUUUGUAGCUAAGCUUGUGUAGAGGAGCCAAAAUUAAAAAAGAAAAACAAAAACGUAACUGUAGAAGCAGCAGAAGCCUGGUCGACUAGUGAAGCUCUGUCGAUUGUUGUGGAUGUGAGUAGAUUCACAAAUGUUAUAUCUCAAGAUCCAAAUUUGAAUGGGAGUUCGAGUACGAGCACACACGGUGAAAACAAUAAUGAGAAAUUGAAGAAGGCGGCUCAAGAUGGGGAUGUAGAAAGACUCUACGAGUUGAUAGCAGAAGAUCCAAACAUUCUAGGUCACUUUGAUAAGGUGCCUUUUUGCGAGACGCCACUACACGUUGCAGCUGAAAAAGGGCAAACUCAUUUUGCAAUGGAACUAAUGACCCUGAAGCAGUCGCUUGCUUCAAAGCUAAACGUGGCAGGUUACAGCCAGAUGCAUUUAGCUCUGCAAAACAACCAUAGCCGAAUGGUGAGAGGGUUUAUAGCAAUCGACAGCAGCUUAGUCAGCAUUAAGGGAAGAGGAAGGGUUACUCCUUUGCAUCACGUGGCUCAAAUAGGUGAUGCAGAGUUGUUGAGUGAGUUCUUAUUUGCUUGUCCUUCUUCCAUAGAAGAGUUAACGGUUAAGUGUGAGACAGCUGUGCACGUUGCCGUGAAAAACGGGAAGUUCAUGGCAUUUAAGGUUCUAUUGGGAUGGCUCAAGAGAGUAAAAAAGGAGGAAAUCUUGGACUGGAAAGAUGAAGAUGGUAACACAGUGUUCCAUAUUGCUGCAAUGAUAAAUCAUACUGAGGUGAUGAAGCUGCUGCGUAAAACCGUUAAAGUAGAAGCCAAGAACUUGGAUGGCAAAACUGCGAUGAAUAUACUACAACCUGAUCAAUCUCGUUUGCCUAUAACAAGAAGACUUAUCAACUAUGUUAAAGAAAGACUUGGUUAUGGUUCCACAAGGACUCUUGCAGAAUACUUAAGCAACAAUCUUUCGAUGAUGGAGAAACGCAACAAUCUCUUGGGGCUGAGUAAUCUCAGCAUGACUGGAAAGACGUCCCCAAACACUAGCGAGCGUCGGGAUGCAUUACUUGUAGUGGCUAUACUGAUAGCCACAGCUACAUACCAGGCCGGUCUCAGUCCUCCUGGCGGAUUUUGGCAGGAAAAUUCCUCAAAUCCUAACGAUGGAAAUGGUCACAAGGCUGGGCAGAUGACUAUGGUAUUCAAGAAUGCCAUAAUGUUUAUUGUCCUUAACGGGCUUGCCUUCUUAUCAUCUCUAUUUGUGAUCAUUAUCCUCGUAAUGGAACUCCCUAUGUGGAAGUUGCUUUAUGGUUCAGUGGCGGCUUUAAGUGUCGCUAUGUCUGCAGCGUACAUAACUAUAUUCCCGAAUCCAAAUGGCGAAUUGGAAAAAAUACAAACUAGGCUCUUCAUCAUGGCAUUCCCAGUGAUGAUAGGAGCCAUGCUGUAUAAUACUUUCAUUGCAUUCACUAAUGAUAAAGAAAGUCGGCACAAAGUGGACUUCCAGGCGAGCUACUUCAGCUCCUAUCAUACAGCAUCGCGUGAUAACUAUCUUUUAUUUAUUGGUGGGCUUGUUUAUGCCGGUUGUUUUUGGAUUUGGGCGUUUGAACUACCAAAAUGAUCUAUCCGUUUCGUUUGCUCUUUAACAAAAGCUCUCUUUCUUGUUUGCGAUAUUUGUAAUAAUGCUUUUCCCUGAUACACAACGGGAUAAGAAAUUUAUAUUCGACCAUGCA